CCUCUCUCUCUCCAUCCCCUGCAAGUCAGCCAGUCUUUCGCCGUCUUCUACGUCGACUUGUAUCCCCACCCCCCCUCCCCCUCUCUGAGCUUAGCCACAAACUCUUGAAGCUUGCACUUUUGGGAACAUUUCUUCUGAUCUAUGACCAAAAUCUUACUUUUUUAAUGCAUAUGGAUUAGCAAAGCUUGACUAGUUCGAGGAGGAUCAGAUUUUCCAAAGAUUUAUUGUUUCUUUCUAAUGAAUUAUAUGGAUUUUUCACAGUUGAAAAUUGGGUAGCGUUGUUUUAGCGGGUCUACAAGUUACACCGCUUUCCUUUGAUUUUAUGUGCAAAGUUAGCGGUGUUUGUUUGAGGUUUUUGAUUUGAUGAUCUGGGUUUAUUUAUUUUUUGUUCCUUUUUCUUGGGGUUGCUAUUUAAUGAUUAAAAAAGCGGAAAAGAUCAAAGUUUUAAAAUAAAAUUUUGGAGGGUUUUUGUAUCGGUGGAAGCCAUUAAAGAAUUGGUUUGACUGAUACUUGAUUCUUAAUUAGAAUUUGCAAUUUUCUAUAUUAUAUACCUCCCUGACAAAGACUUUGGUAUUGUGAAUUAUAACCGUAAAAGGAGUGCCCUUUCCUUUUCGGCCCUGUAAGUUCAACUGGGAUUGUCUUAUAGUGGCGUUUUGGACAGGCUUGGGUCUUAAAUUCUUGUUGGGUUUCUAUUUGUUUGGUUCUUGGAACUGUGCAUCGAGAAGUAAAAGUAGUGAGUUGAUGCUACCAAAAAUGGAAGGGUGCUUGAACCUGGGGCAUUUUUGAGGAACGGAAGUGUGUUUCCACCUCUCCAUCAUGCCUUUGUCUGAGCUGUAUCGAAUGGCUAAAGGGAAGCUUGAUUCUAAUCAAGAGAAGAACACAACGUCUUCAACUGAUCUAUCUUUUCUACCUGAGAAUGACCUUUUUGAGCUUGUAUGGGAAAAUGGUCAGAUUUUGAAGCAAGGUCAGUCCAGCAGAGCUAGAAAGAGCCCAACUAGUAACAGCUUACCAUCUUACUGUUUACCAUCUCACACCGUUAAGACAAGAGAUAAAGAUAUGGGAAAUGGCAACAGUUCAAAGGUGGGGAAGUUUGGCGUCUUGGACUCUGUAUUGAGUGAAAUCCCAGUGUCGGUGCCGUCCAGUGAAAUUGAUUUGAGUCAAGAUGAUGACAUGAUGCCUUGGUUGAAUUAUCCAAUCCAUGAACCUUUACAGCAUGAAUAUUGUUCUGAGUUCUUGCCUGAAUUUUCUUGUGUCACUGGAAAUGAACUAUCCACCGAUAGUAAUGUGGCAUCUGGGGACAAGAGAAAUAGUUGUAAUAUGGUCUAUAGGGAUUGCCAUACCGAUUCUGUAAAUGAUGGUGUGAGUUUAGGACAGGGGGAUGUGUCAAAGGUUUCGCAAGUGGGAGGUGGCGAUGCCACAAUAUCUAGAACUAAUUUUCGUCCAUUCCACUCGUUAUCACAACAAUGCCAAACAUCACUUCCAUCACUUAGAUCAAAGGUUUCAGAUGUCACUGGCAAUAAUACUAGCAACGUCAUGCACCACACUCUGUGUGGAGAUUCAACACGGGUUGCAUCUGCUGCAGAUGGAUUUCAUAGCAUACAGUUGCAGAAGAAAGAUCCAAGGCCGCCUGGUAAUAACUCCAAUCUGAUGAAUUUCUCGCAUUUCUCACGACCGGCUGCUCUCGUGAAAGCUAAUCUUCAGAACAUUGGCCUGAUGGCUGGUUCGGGAUCAAGCAUGCAAAGGAUAGCGAGCAAGGAUAAAGGUUCUGCUGCACCUAGUAAAAAUUCUCCUGAAUCAACAAUUAUCGAUUCAAGUAGUGGUUCCCGGAAAGAAUCAAGUUCCCAUCGCCAACCUGUCACAUUCCCAUCCAAGGUUGAUUUAAAACCAUUGGAUGAUAAGCCUGUUGAGGAACCGAUUGCCUCUAUUCAAUCUGAGGCUGUUUGUCAAGAGGAUGCCUCUAAGAAUGAUAAAACCUCCAAUCAAGUCCUUGGGGAAAGUGCAACGAAAGGACUACGAGAUUGUGAGAAGACUACAGAGCCUGUUGUUCCUUCCUCUUCUGUUUGCUCAGGCAAUAGUGUGGAAAGAGCUUCGGACGAUCCAACACAUAAUUUGAAGAGGAAAGGUCAUGAUACUGAAGAGUCUGAAUGCCAUAGUGAAGACGUUGAGCAGGAAUCAGUGGGUGCAAAAAAAGCAGCUCCUGCUCGAGGGGGUACGGGUUCUAAGAGAAGCCGAGCAGCAGAAGUGCAUAAUCUAUCAGAAAGGAGGCGAAGAGAUAGGAUUAAUGAGAAGAUGCGUGCAUUACAAGAACUCAUACCAAACUGCAAUAAGGUGGAUAAAGCAUCAAUGCUUGAUGAGGCCAUUGAGUAUCUUAAGACGCUUCAAUUUCAAGUGCAAAUUAUGUCCAUGGGAGCUGGUUUGUAUAUGCCACCUAUGAUGUUACCAACAGGAAUGCAACAAAUGAGUGCACCUCAUAUGGCUCAUUUCUCUCCUAUGGGUCUUGGAAUGGGAAUGGGAAUGGGAAUGAGUUUUGGGAUGGGUAUGCCCGACAUGAAUGGUGGAUCUUCUGGGUAUCCUAUGAUUCAGGUGCCCCCUGUGCAAGGAGCACAUUUACCUGUCCCACCUAUAUCCGGACGCACUGCUUUCCAUGCAAUGGCAGGAUCUAACCUUCCGAUGUUUGGGCUUCCUAGUCAAGGAAUUCCCAUGUCGAUGUCAUGUGCACCCAUAAUUCCUCUGUCGGGAGGGCCUCUUAUGAAAUCAGCUGCAGGACCGAAUGCCUGUGGGGUUGUAGGUCCUAUGGAAAAUGUGGAUUCAGCUCUAGCUUCCACCUCAAAGGAUCCAAUACAGACCAUUAAUCCUCAAGUGACGCACAGCACAGGUGCCAAUAGCUCAAUGAAUGAGACAUCUAAAAAGUGUCCAACUACAAAUUCAGCGUUUGAGUCGUCUACUUUGGUGCAAAAUAAUGGUCAAGCCCCAGAUGUUACUGGCAAUGCAGCUCUCAACUGUGAACGGAAAUGACCUUGUGCCGAGUAGACCAGCUGCUUUUCAGAUAUUGGAAAUCGGGAUUACUUCAAUUAUUAUACAAGUCGGAGGUUGGUGGCUUCCAGCGGUAAUGACUCGUUAUCCAUGCAGGCAAUGAUUGACAACCAUACUGAUGAUCUUUGUGAUCGAAUAGAAAUCUGUCGUGGCCUUUUGAGAUUAAACCUUUCGUUUCAUGCUUCUUCAUGAUCUCGGAAUUUCAACUGAAGAACCGGGGAGGCAUAAUGCAGUCUGUAUUCUUAUUUCGUAGUAGUACAAUUACAAAGUGCACAGGUUUUGCUACCUUGGGAAGACUCGGUAUUUUUCUUGCAGUUGUACAUUUGAAUAGUGACAUAUGCAGUCUUUUCAACGUCUAAGAGUAAACUAUCUCGGGAGCAUGUAUUCAAAACUUGGUUCAGUCCUUUCACAAUAAGUAUUUGAAUUAAAUGAAACGAUUGUUAUAUUCCAACUG